AUGCCGCGGCAGCUGCCCACCCUUCUGCAGGAGCAGCAGGCCCGAUCGUCGCCGCUGCAUGUGGCGUCCGUCAUGUCCUCCACGGCUGGCAGGGACAGCACCGUAUCGUUCAGGAAAGAAAGCCGUGCAAGCGUCUCUGCCGCGUCCAUUGCGUCUGCACGGCGUGCUCUCCUUUCACCAUGUGCGGGGAUUCCCGCCUUGGUGCCCUCACCAAGGCAACGGCCGCAGCACAGAGGCAACGGCGCAGCCGCAGGGCCGAGUAAGGAGGCGGCCCCGGUAAGCAGGGUAUUGGUGCCGGCUGUCGAAGCCGUUGCCGCUGCGACGGCCACCUCAUUCAUCCCACUCGGUACAGCGCUCACUCGCAACAGCGUCGCUGCCACAGCAGCAGCGCCAUCGUCGCACCUCGAGUACGUUGGCCUUGGCCCCUCACUGGCCAGAGACUCGUACCUGCCUCCUGUGCAGGGCUCCCAUGCACACGACAGCGAAGGCGCCGCGGCCGACGUGCUAGCCCUGCAAGCCGCUACCACCGGUCUCUUUGUGCGGCACAUCCGCCUCAGCAGCCUACCUGAUGCGGCGCAGGACGACGCCGAUGGCGAUGAUACCGGCACCGCCGUGCCGCGCGGUGGCGACAGCGGCGACGCAGCCUCCCCCAUCGCCUCCCCAACGCUGGUGGGCACGGUCCCUGUCAAAUCUGCCGCGCUGCUCGAAACGGGCGUCGACGACCGCAUCAAUCCAUUCGUGCUCAAUCAGCUCAUCCAGCGAAGCCACCGUCGAGCACGCUCCAUGGCCGCCGCCGCUGGAAGGCGCAGUGCCCACCGGAUAGGACAGCUGCAGGACAGAAUCAGGAAGCCCACAUUCCUCAAAACCACGGCUGCUAGUCCGCGGCUGGGCGGUGGCGCGACUGACAUCGCGGUGGACAGUGCCGCCGCUGAGCUGCGCUAUCACGAGCUGCCCGCCAUACAGGAGGCCUCCGAGGCGUGCUACACCGCGGCCCCUGGCAACGGCGAUACCGGCGGUGGCACCACUUCGACAGCGGCGACGCAGCCCGACACGGGCACACCGGCAGCCGCAGGAACGAAGCAGGUGUUCAACCUCAUUGCCGAGUACAACAACGACCUCGAUGCGGAGGAAACGGCCCAAGCUGCCGCCCCUGGGAUGUCCUUCACCGAGCACGUCCACAUUGCCGCCGCAGUGAGCGCCAACGACAGUGCCCUUGUGCGGCAACUCGUGGGGCACUACUGCGCACGCGCUGAGGCCGUCUCCCCAACGCGCACGUCAACGCGCGCAGCAGUUGUGGAAGCCCCAACGCGAGCAAACAUGCGGAGUCACACAACGCUCAAGGACAAGAACGCGAAAUCCGCUUCCGGUGCGACCGGUGGCGGCGCGGACGAGGGCGGUGCGGCGUCAUCCCCUUUCCCGUUUACGUCCGCCUCACCGAACUUCUCGCUGCUCGACGCGGUGAUGUGCGUGAGUCGCGAGUUUGUGGCGCAGCGCUCGGCGGCCGGGGUGCCCGGCCAAAGUACCAGCGCGCUCAGCGAGCGACGCCGGUGCCUGCUGGAACGCUUGACAAGCCUGGACCGGACGCGCAUCCCAGAGACAUGGUGGGUCACGAGCCUGCAGUACCUCGGCCGCCUCGCCCCCGCGACAGGGACUGGAUCCAGCACAGCCACAUCGGCUGUCACGGCGGCGAAGACCCAACGCGCGUCAUCGGUGACGGCGUCGAUAUUUGCGACGCCGAUGACGGAAAAUUGCCCCAGCGCACCACCGAUGAGCAGCUCGAAUCGUGCAGGGCGCAGCGGCGGGAUAGCGUCGCCGCCGCCGGCAGAAGGUGACGCGCUCGCGCAGCUGGCCGGGUCCGGCAGCGAGGCGGGCACAGGUGUGAGGAAUGGGCUGAAAAAGGUCGCUGUUAUGCAGGCUGGUCCGGUGAGCAGCGGAACCCUCUGCGGCAGCGAAGGCCAGCUCGUGCUGGGCACCGUCUCGCCCCACAACACCAUCUUCCCUGCUCCCCGUCCGGUGGAACGGUCGCAGGUGUACCUCCUGGCGGAGGUGCUGGACCGCAUGCUGCGCGACCCGUCCCACCCGCAGUGGCUGGCGCUGCUUGCUGAUCCGCAGGUGGCGCGCUACGUACUCGGCGAUGGCGACGAUAUAGAAAGCGACAACGGUCAACGACGCGGCAGCGGCCACGAUACCCUUGACGCCGAUCUCUGGGGCACGCCUGGGGAGCAACGGCUCUUUGCCUACACGGACGCGGCCACGCAUGUACUGGAAAUUCUUGACACCGGCCUUGCUGAGCUGGUGCGGCAGGUGGCGAGCUACUGUUUGGAGCGCGGCGCCCUGCUCGAUCUGCUCCGCCAGUCCACCAUGGACAUCGCCAGCGCACAUGUGCACGUCCUCCGUCAGGUGAAGCGGCAGGCACACGCCGACGCGCUGGCGGCGCAGACACUGCGACGGGAGAAGGCGCGGCUUCAGCAAGAACUCGAGGCGGUGCAGAAGGCGCUCGUGGAGCUGCAGAGCUCCCACGCCGAGCUCUGCGCCCGCGUCGAGCCGCUCCAGCACAAGAGCGACCGACUCGACGAACUCAUGGCGCGCGUUGCUGCCAAGGCGCGCCGUUUUGAAACCUUCCGCCACGACGAGAACGCCGCGCUGCUGCAGGUGCUGAAGGAGUCCAUGACGCAGUCCGCCGGCGCCGCGCUCGACAGUUUCUUCAAGGAGAUGCACGACUUGCAGGCGCGCCACAGCGGCCUUGAGGAAGCGGCCACGACGCAGUUGAACGGUGUCACGGGUGACGCGGCGGGGCACAGCAGCGGUGACGGUGCGGCGUCGCCCAAGGCUGCUGCUGCCGCUGCCGCCGCCGCCGAGAUACCGUCCGUCGCGGCCGCGCGUAGCCAAGCCCUUGAGCAGCAGCAGAGGAUGGAGCAGCUCUACACGGAGUCAUACCGACUGCUAUGCGGGCUGCAGGACAUGGUGACGGCGACAAACACGCUCUGCGGGCGACUCUAUGACAAGAUGAUCCUGGCGGACGUGUCACCCACGGCGAAGGUCGCCACGUCUCGCUGGGCCUCCGUCGCGCGGGCCGUCGGCGCCUUCGAGAGGGAUAAGCGUCACCGCCAGCGUGUGUGCGAGGUGUUCAUGGAGUACUGCACCUCGUACCGUCAUAAGCGCGCUGCCCACGCGGACCUUGAGGCGGAGCGAGAGGGCAGCGCGGCGUCAAGCGGCGUGAGCCACGGUGGCUGGCACACCCACAGCUACGGCGAGGCGUUUCUCGUGAACGACAAGGAAACACGGUGCUCCGAAAGCGUCGAAGGCAGCGACGAUCCACUGCUGGCGCACGGCAGGCCCUCUGCGCUCCUGUCGUUCACAGAGGAGGCGACUUCAGACGAGGGGCCGCGGCGGCCCAACAACAGCACCACGAAGGGCAGGGAAGACGUCGACAGCGACCAAGCCGCCUUCGCCGCCGGCGGCGCGCGGGAGCAGCUGCAGCAUGAGGUGGUCAUGACCGGUGCCAUUAUCACCCGCGAAGAUUUAGAAGCGAUGAAGGCGACUGAUUGCACGGUGGACGAAGUAAACGCCCUCUUUCGUAAGGACUUCGACAUGCACAAGUACCUGCGCGGAUCAUGGCAGCAGUACGUGCUGGAGCGUCAGCAGCAGGAGCAGCAGGGCGCUGUGGCGGUGAACACUACGACAAGCGGCCCUGGCAGGAAGCAAACCACCGUGGAGAGCACGUACAUGCUGCGCUUGCCGGACGUACUACAGAUGCUAAGCGAUGUGCAAGCGACCCUGGGGGAGGUGACGGUGCGCAUGAACGCCACAGCGAAGAGCGCCGUGUUGGAGGCUGGUCUGCAACCGCCUCUUGAGCCCCCGUCGCACCCAGAGCAGCCCUGUCCGCUGUGCAGCCGCCGCGAUACGUGUGAGCUGGAGCGGCAUCGGCGGCGUGAGGCAAUGUCCCGAAUUGCUCGUGACCUGCAACGGAAGAUGGAGGCAGUGGAGGCGAAAAGCCGUGCAGCGUUCACAGAGCGUGACGAGGCGCUGGGCGAGGUACGGCGGCUCAAGAUGGAGCUGCAACACUCAGCCACGGUCACGCCUGCUCGUGGGCCGACUGUGAUCGAAGUACAACAACAGCAAGGGAUGCAGCCGGAAUCUCAAGGACACCGUCAGCAACGACACACGUCUUCGCAAUGGCAAACAGCGGCGGACAGCACCGUCACGGCUCCGUCCAUCCAGCAUGCACGUGCGUGGAACCUCGGCAGCGAGACCAGCAGCCCUCAUAGCAGCAGCAGCAGCGCUAUGACCGGGGUCACGGGGCGCUCAGAGAACUCGGCAGACAUGUCGACGUUGAUCCUCAGUCAGGCUGACAAGUGCACGGUUCCACCCAUCGUUGGUGGUACGGGCGUAGGGGCGUCGUUAUCUGCGCGGCAGAGUCACAUUAGCUUCCUCGGAAACGCGCGUGUCGACGAAAGUUUCACCACCGUUAGCUACGAAGAGGGCGACCACGUCGACCACCCCUCCAUCCCCUCAAAACGCCGCUCCACCGCCGAGAUGCCCAAAAAUACCACCGGUGACGCACCGCAGUAG